AUGAAGGAAUCGGAGAGUAACGAGAUGAAAGACCUUUCUGUUCGUGGUGAGCCUGGACCCAACUGGGCCUGGUUCGCCGCCUUUGGAGGGAAGCCGACUGAUUUCCACAUAAUGGGCUGUGUGCAAUGCAAGGACAAGGAGGCAACCAAACUGACCGACGAGCGGGACAACAGCAUCUCCCAGGGGGCCGGCUACCGCUAUGGCGCCGACCCCACGCCGCAGCACUGCCCCGGCUUCGGAGUCACGGCCAUCCCCAACUACAACAACUUCCACGGCCCCGUGGGCCAGGGCAUGGCCGUCUUCGGGGGCGUGAGCACCUCCUCCCAGGCUGGAACCCUGAGGACCCGCGGGGGGACAGGAGUCACUCUCUUUGUGGCCCUUUACGACUACGAGGCCCGGACCGAGGACGACCUGAGCUUCCGGAAAGGAGAACGCUUCCAGAUCAUCAACAGCACCGAAGGCGACUGGUGGGACGCUCGCUCACUCACCACCGGGGGCAGCGGCUACAUUCCCAGCAAUUAUGUGGCUCCGGUGGACUCCAUCCAAGCUGAAGACUGGUACUUCGGUAAACUGGGUCGUAAGGAUGCAGAGAGGCAGCUGCUGUCCACCGGAAACCCCCGAGGAACCUAUCUCAUCCGAGAGAGUGAAACCACAAAGGGGGCCUUCUCCUUGUCCAUACGGGACUGGGACGACGUGAAAGGCGAUCACGUCAAGCACUAUAAGAUCCGCAAGCUGGACAGCGGCGGCUAUUACAUCACCACCAGGGCUCAGUUUGACACGCUGCAGCAGCUGGUCCAGCACUACUCAGAGCGCGCCGCGGGUCUCUGCUGCCGCUUGGUGGUUCCCUGCCACAAAGGGAUGCCGCGUCUCGCCGACCUGUCUGUCAAAACCAAAGAUGUGUGGGAGAUCCCCCGGGAGUCGCUCCAGCUGAUCAAGCGUCUGGGGAACGGGCAGUUUGGGGAGGUCUGGAUGGAGAGUGCGGAUGGUUUGUGCUUUAAUUUAACGGGCGUGUGUGUGAACUACAUCCCUGACACUGUGGGCUUGAGUCAUGAUGCCUGGGAGAUCAGCAGAGACACACUUGAGUUGGAAGUAAAGCUGGGGACGGGAUGUUUUGCAGAUGUGUUUUAUGGGACCUGGAACGGCACCACCAAGGUGGCGGUCAAGACGCUGAAGCCCGGCACCAUGUCCCCCGAGUCCUUCCUGGAGGAGGCUCAGAUCAUGAAGAAGCUGCGUCACGACAAGCUGGUGCAGCUGUACGCCGUGGUGUCCGAGGAGCCCAUCUACAUCGUCACCGAGUACAUGGGCAAAGGAAGCCUCCUGGACUUCUUGAAGGACGGAGAGGGCCGGGGGCUGAAGCUGCCCAACCUGGUGGACAUGGCAGCACAGGUAGGCCCAGUUGGGCUCUCCCUGUUCGGAGCUCCCUGCCAGCAGGCCCAGCCCUGGUCUACUGGGGCCGGGCUGGGCUCA